AUGGCUUGGGAGACUCCAGACGCAGGAGGGACAGGAGACGAAAAGCGAAGAGCGGCAUCGCUCCGUCGCCGUCUUUUGGUUGUGUGUCUCGUGACGGUUUUCUUCAGUAAUGAACGCUUCCACGGCCGCCAUCACAGUGCCCAGGCCCUGGCUAUUCGUUUCGGCGACAGAGGCCCUACAGGAAACACGUCGCUUCGCUCCUCCACGAAAGUUACCGAUGGAGAUGUAUUUUUCUCGUCUUCUCGGCCGUCGCCGCAUCUCGCAUUUGUGGCCUCCCUGCCUCGGUCUGAGGCCGCGCAUUCUUCUGCACCGCUCGCCUCUUCUUCUGUCGGCUCCCGAGAGUCUACUGCUCCCUCUUGCCUCUCUCCUACCUUCCCAGUUUCGUCCCCAAAGGCGUCGGAAGGCGCCAAUUGUCGCUACGGGGGAGGCGCGUCGAGAUCCGGCCUCGUCAAAUCGCAGUUCCUUGCUGCUCGGGCGUCAUCGUCUCCCGUGUCGCCAGCCGCAGCUGCGUCGAGCCUCUCAGCUGGUGCACCGCCCUUUGGUGUGUCGCCGUUCUGCGCGGCUUCUUCAGCCUGCGUGCCUUCUCCGGCGCUUCCACGGUCUGCCCCGCCGCGCCCGUCUGCGUUCUCGCGGGCUUCGCCUUCGGCUCUCCGCGCAGUCGCGGAUGCGCCUUUGCCCGAGGGUGAGGCUGUUGGCUGGGACUCCGAAGAGGAUCCCUUCUUCGGAAGGCACGAUGUAGAUCUUCCGGCUUUUCCCGCGGUCAACGCUUCCCCCGAUGGUCUCCCAGGGGGACCUGGGUUCUUCGAGGGACAGGCGUUUGACCGUCGGCUGCCUGAUGAUGCGCAUGCCUCAGAGCAGCUGCUACCUGACGAGGAGGCGCCCUCCCAAGACGCAUCGCUGGAGCCUGCGAGGCGGGUUUCGCGGCCCGCGGCUUCGCGGUCUUCGGCUCUCGACACUGGCGAGGUCUCCCCUCAAGGCAGGGGGAGGCCCCCGCGGGUCUCUGCGUCUUCGCUGCCUCCUCCCUCUCGCGGCCAGGGGGUGCAGGACUGGAGCCGAGACGCGCCCGAAGCGGGCGGAGGCAGAUUUCGAAGAGGCGCGGGAGCUCCUGGUGCCCCGGUGUCUGAGAGACGUUCGCGCCGGGAGGAGGCAGCCGACGAGGAGGCCGCGCCGGCGGCGUCGACUCGGCGCCGGAGAAUCAGGCCGCACUUCGCGUCGUCACCGCGCGGGCGAUGGAGUGAGGCUGAAGACGAUGCAGUCGACGGAGAGGGAGUCGGCGGAGCCUUCUCGCCAGGUGUACAGGGGGGCGCGAACGAGGCGGCGGCGUAUCUCGAGAACGAGGACUCUCCAGAGCUUCUUGGAGCGCGACGAAGGGAGGACGAUGCAUCCUAUCCCGGUGACCCAACCGCCUUUGCGUCGGCAGCUUCACCGCGGGCGAGAAGGGCUCGCCGCGCGCCCCGGGCAGGGGAGAGGGGCGGUGCAACUUUCGACGGAGAGUCCCAAGGUCGUCGGGAUGUAGGGCCCCACGAGGCGGACGGCCUUGCGGAGUACUCCACUCGUGGCCGCGAACCGCGUCCCCCCGGGCCCAGAGGCCGGAGCCUCGGCGCCGACGGGCGUGGAGGCCCUUUCACAGACGCCUUUGACGGCGGCCUCGACCCUCGCGGCGACCUCAUGUGGGAAGACCGGCCGUAUUUCGGUCCACAGGAGCGUGGACCCCACCGGCGAUUGCCAUGGUAUUUCUGGGACUCCCCGCGAAGCCGGGGCGCGAGAGACAGCGAGUUCCGCAGACCCGCAGGUCGACACCCCUGGGGUCGUCCGCUGCCCACCCAGAGGCGCGGCAGCCAGCUGCGUGACGACGCGCUCUCUGUAGUCCUCGACGAUGAGGGAGACGAGGACCCGAUCGAGAGCGAAGACCUGGAGGAUGCCGCCGAAGACGCGCUGGAGGGCGGACUCCUGGAGGCUUCGAUGAACGAAGACGGCCGCUGGGCGAACGCGCGAGGCGGGCGACGACGGCGGAGCCCCCGCAGGUGGUCGCGAGGCGCGGCCCAGGUCACGUGGGACUGGCCCAAGGACGCAGUCAGAACUGGCCUCGACGCCGAGGUGUCUGGCACGUGGCCGGGCCGCGUGCGCAGCCGACGCGCUGGUGGGGUCUCCUCCUCGGGGCCGCGGCGCCGAGGCGUGGCACAAGGCCUGUCGCCGCUGUCGCUGGCAGCUGCUUCCAGGGAGUUUCUCGAGCCUCCAAACUCCUUGGUGGACCCCUGGGAGGCGUCUAAAGGCUACCCGCAGAGGCGAAGCCAACGCGGCCUUGCGGCGCCCGAGGCACUGCUCCGCGGCGAGGACUUCUUCGGGGAACGGCGCCGCGGGCGCACGCCCCGAGUGGUUCAUUCUUCGAGCUUUGUCUUCUCCAGAAGUCGCUCCCGAUUCGGCAGGGGACGGGAGAGCAGGGCGCGGUUCGCGGACGCGGAUGGAUCAACCGUCCCCGAGGCAGUGGACACCCUGUCGGAGGCAGCGGAAGGGGGCGUGGACGAGGACGAAGAAGAAAAACAGUUCUACGCGUUCUCCUCGAUACAUAUUCCGCCUCUCGUUCGGUCCAUGGAUGUCGGCCUUCUGGUCUACCAGGCGCAGGAUGCCUCAGGGGGCGGACGCCGGGGCCAGGAGGACCCCGAACACCCAGGUGGGAGCCCGACGGAGAAGGAGCAAGAACCCCGCGAGGCGGCGUCCCUCGGACGAAGGCUGAGAGACAACAUGGACGCAGAGCUCUCCCUUUCUCUCGACGACGCUGUGCUGGGUGACCUGAUAGACAACACCAUGCGGCGCAGACUCCUCCUGCUGCCUGAACGGCCCCCAGAGAGAGGGCCGAAUGCCGCACCCGGUGCCCAGACACCCGACGGCGAGGCGGAGGCCCGUGGAGAAGCGACGGAUCUUCUCGCCGCAGCUGGCGAGAAGCCGAACGCGGCAGAGUCAAUCGACGAAGGGGCUGCUGGCGGGCACCGGUGGGUGUCUUUCCAGAAGACCUACAAGGAAGCUCUCGAGAUUUACGAGGGCGACGAAGCCCGGCUGCAGCAGGUCCACGCGCAAGCCGAGCAGAUUCAGCGAGCACUUGCCUCAAGAGUCAAGAGAAAAAUUUCUCUUGACGCAGCUCUCCGACGCCAUGGGCUUUCUCUCAAUCCCUUUUCCUGGAUGGCGCGCGCGUUCGUCUACUUCAACCGUUUCCAACUGCGAAAUGUCACUUUCACGCUCUGGAAAGAUCACGUUCUACAUCGGUUCUACCGGCAGCGGCGAGACGCCGCGGGGCUGGGCCGCUCGCCCGUCAGCGCCUCGGCCGUCGCACAGCGCGGGAAGGAGGGCUUGACGGCCGCCCCUGCGUCGCCGUCGGCCAGCGAGACACAGGACGCGAGCGGCAAGAAGGACCGCGUUGCCGGCGGCACGAUGGCGGCACAUGACGCCGCGCUAGGCCCGAGCGAGGGAGAGGCUAGGAGCCCGAAAGGCGCCGCGGGGGUAGCAGAGACGGAGGGCGACUUCGUCGGCAUCGAAGAGGACUGGCGCAUGUACGUCCAGCGCGUCUAUGGCGUGGAUCUCGCCGCGAAUCCGAUGCUUGAGCUGCCGCUGAUCGUCGCGAAGCACGUCUUUCUCACGCAGCGCUACAUCGCCUUCGUCGCCCUCCACCCUGAGCACAAGUUUCACUUCGUCUCGCAUCGCAAAUGGCUCGCAGACCAAAUGAGUCAGGACGACAAGGAAGAGCGUUCCAGCGGGCCAGCAGACGAACCCGACGGCGCCCGCCUUGCCGGGGCGGAAGGGGGCGCCGACCGCAGACACGGCGAGGCCGCGGAGGCCAGUGGAGCCCUACGCGGGCGCGAGGAAGAGGGCACCGCUCCAGCUGAAACGGAAGGCCCCAGGGACGAUCUGAACCAAGGCAGCAACCUUCAUGACGAGCGGGAAGCGGCGGCGGCCGCGGGCAACUACGGAGAGUCACACGAAGGCGAGAGUGAAGACAGAGAGAAGCAAAAGGUAGACACCAAAGACGCUCAGGCGCGGAGUGAAGCCAGGGCGCAGGAACGUGAAGAGGGCGGCGGCGCCGGCCUCUCCGGACUGGAGGCUCCGCCCGCCUCCGGCCGUGAGGUUUCAACUUUAUCAGAUGCGUCUGAGCCUUCAUCCGGCCUCUCCGGACUGGAGGCUCCGCCCGCCUCCGGCCCUGAGGUUUCAACUUCAUCAGAUGCGCCUGAGCCUUCAUCCGACGCGGGAGUGCAGGAUACGCCGGCGCUGCUCGAGCGAGGAGACGAGACGACGGAGGCGCUUGAAGAGCGCGCCGCCGCGGAAGCAGAUCGGGGCGAGAGUGCGUAUGCAGAUUUCGCGCAGACAGAAAAGGAGACAGAAGCCGCGCCAGCGGAGGGCUUGCCGCAAGGCGAUGUCUCGUCCGCGGAAGUGAAUGAAGGAAGUGUUCACGAGGAACAGUCUGACGAGGCGAUAAGAGUUGUGGAGGAAGCGCCGGCCGGCGUGACACAGGCCGACGAAUGCUUUGACUCGCUGGCUGCCGACGGCGGCCAGAGCGCAGCGACACCCAAGGCAAAACGCAAGCGCAGUGGCAGCGCAGGAAAGAAAGCUGCCUCAGGCGAAGAGCCACCCGCCGCAGCGGCACAUGCAGAGUCACCUGCUCCGUCGGAGGAGGCCACUGAGAGAAGCGGCGCUAGCGUAAGUCCCGGAUGA